GACGGCGCCCGAUUGCCGCAUAAAUAACAAAUUCCCAAUUACUACUGAAAGUAAGCGCUUAUUCAAAAAUAAAUAAAUAUUUGAUCAUAAGGAAAGAAAGAAAAACGAAAUUCUGAAUUCCCAAACGCAACGCAACGCAACGCAAUGGUUGCUGAUUCCAACUCCAAAUCCGAUCUCUCCUUCGGUAGACUCUUCGCCAGCAGUGCUUUCUCCGCAUCUUUCGCUGAGGUUUGUACCAUACCUUUGGACACCGCCAAAGUUAGGCUUCAGCUUCAAAAGCAAGCUGUAGCUGGCGAUGUAUCCUCUUUACCUAAAUACAAGGGUAUGCUGGGAACAGUUGGAACGAUUGCCAGGGAAGAAGGUCUUUCAGCACUCUGGAAGGGCAUCGUGCCAGGCCUACAUCGUCAAUGUUUGUAUGGAGGAUUAAGAAUUGGGUUAUACGAACCUGUUAAAACUUUCUACACGGGGAAGGACCAUGUUGGCGAUGUUCCACUGUCAAAGAAAAUUCUAGCUGCAUUUACGACUGGUGCUGUGGCAAUUGCAGUGGCAAAUCCAACUGAUCUUGUCAAAGUAAGACUUCAAGCAGAAGGAAAAUUACCUCCGGGUGUUCCCAGGCGCUACUCUGGAUCUUUAAAUGCUUAUUCGUCAAUCGUGAGACAGGAAGGAGUUGGAGCUCUUUGGACAGGGCUUGGACCCAACAUAGCAAGAAAUGGUAUUAUCAAUGCUGCUGAACUAGCCAGCUAUGAUCAAGUGAAACAGACUAUUUUGAAAAUUCCAGGAUUCACCGACAAUGUUGUAACUCAUCUCUUUGCUGGCCUUGGGGCAGGUUUUUUUGCUGUUUGUAUCGGCUCACCAGUUGAUGUGGUCAAGUCGAGAAUGAUGGGAGAUUCUAGUUACAAAAGCACCCUUGAUUGUUUUGUCAAAACCUUGAAGAAUGAUGGACCCUUAGCAUUUUAUAAAGGGUUCCUCCCAAAUUUUGGACGGCUGGGAUCUUGGAACGUGAUCAUGUUUCUAACUCUAGAACAGACUAAAAAGUUCGUCAAAAGUUUAGAAUGAUCGUCGUGAGCUCAAUCAAUUACAUGAAGUAUUUUCGACAGGGACCUGUUGCAGCCGCAAAUGCAGUUGAAAUUGUAGAAAAUAAAGGCUCCUAUCUCUUCAUUUCACUAAUUAGGGUUUAGUUAAACAUUUUUACAAAGGUUAAAAACAUGAAAGUUGAAUUGAUACAAAUGUCCAUUGAUUUGUGUGUAUGGUACAAAAAUGGCCUCUUCACCAUUUGAGUAUACUUUAUUAUUUCUGAAAACUUAUAUUUUAUGGUAAUAGUUUGAUUUAUUUAA